AUGCUGGCCACGGCAUUUCUUCUCUUGCUUGCGCAAGGCCUCUUCCAGUACCCGCAGCAGGCCGGGGACGGGCUGGAUGAGGCCACACGGGAGCGCAUGCAGCAGCGUGCUGAGUAUCUGAACCAGCAGAUGGCUCAGCUGCUUGAGGAGCUGGAGCAGAAGAACCUGGAGCAGAGUGGUGGCGCCUGGGGAGCCCUGCUGCUCUGGCAGUUCUGGGCUCUAACUGGAAUCCUGGUCCUUCUCGUGGCACUGUGGUUUGGACUCGGGAAAAUCAGACACAAUCCCGACAACACUGGCGUCAAGGAGAGGUCCAGCAGCAACUUGGUGGAGGAAGAAGAAGAAGUCGAAGAGGCAGAAGGAGGAGAAGAAGAAGGAGGAGACACCAUUGUUGCAGAGAAAGAGAUAGAAAGCACCAAUGUGGAAGAAGGCACUACGGAUGGAAAUGAAGAAGGCAGCAAGGUUGAUGCAAAGGCAGAAAGCAGUGCUGGGAAUGAGGCAGAAGAAGGCAAUGAGGACGCAACAGAAGGAGUAAAGCAGGGUGAGAAGUUUGAGGAAGCCAAUGCAGCUGGAAAGGAGAAAGAAGGUGAAGAAGAAGGCGGAGGCAACACAGCAGCAGAGAGAGAAAUCAAAAGCAACAAUGCAAAUGUGGAAGAAAAUAGAAUGGAUGGAAAUGAAGAAGGCAGCACCAUUGAUGUAAAGGCCGAAAGCCGUGCUGGAAAUGAAGCAAAAGACAGCAAUGAUGAUGCAAAAGAAGGAGUAAACCAUGGUGAGAAUUUUGAGGAAGCCCUUGCUGCUGAAAUGGAAAGCAAGGAUGCAAAUGUGGAAGAAGCCAAUAAGGAUGGAAAUGAAGAAGGCAGCACCAUUGAUGUAAAGGCAAAGAGCAGCGCUGGAAAUGAAGCAAAGGAAGCCAAUGAAGAUGCAAAAGAAGAAGUAAACCACGGUGAGAAGUUUGAGGAAGCCCAUGCUGCUGGAAAGGAAGAAGAAGAUAAAGAAGAAGAAGAAGAAAAAAGAGGACACAACAUUGUUGCAAAGGAAGAAAUGAAAAGCAAGGAUGCAAAUGUGGAAGAAGCCAAUAAGGAUGGAAACGAAGAAGGCAACAACGUUGAUGCCAAGACAGAAAGCAGUGCUGGAAAUGAAGCACAAAAAGGCAAUGAUGGUGCAAAGGAAGAAGUAAACCGUGGUUCAAAGGAGGGCGAGGAAGCCAAUGCUGCCGGACUCAAAGAAGACAAACGGGAUGCAAAGAGAGAAGACGACGAGCACAGUAUCAAGGGGAACCUUGGAAGGCCUUUAGAGGAGCGCAUAGAGUUGCAUGUAGUGGACCUGGACAAAGGCUGCUCGCUGGUAAUGGAGCUGAUGGAGAAACUGACAGACAUCUUUGGACAAGACUUUUCCAACUUUUUCUACCCGGUGCCACAAGAAGCCAUCGGAGUGGGCAGCGCCUUUGAAGGCUGGAGUCCCCAUGCCCAAGAUGUUGUGUACCGUGUGCUUGUACCCCUGAGUCCCCCUCCAGGACACGCCUUCCACCUGGAGCUGGGCGCCGCAGGGAUGCUCCAGAGGAACUUCUGUGUCCGUGUGGAGCUGCUGUGCACCUGCAGAGGGGAGCAGCUGCGGGAGGACAUGCUGUGCUUCCUCCACCACUCCGAGGAGGAGCUGAGAAGGAAGCAGGACCCCAGCCUCCUGCAGACCCUGUGCACUGGCUCCUAUCUAGACGUGGAGAAAACUGUCCAGUGGUUCUACCGAUUUGUGAGAGCAGCCCGGCUGCUUUUGCCUCCGUCCUGCCACUGGCAUUUAAUGUUGCAGCCCUGCAGCCGCUCCUGUAAAUUUCAGCUCAGCAAAGACACGGAAAGCUUCACGGUGGAGGUGAUCUUUGGGGUGCGGCAAGGAGACACAGAUAUCUUUGUGGGCAGCCAGCCUUCAGAAGUAGGCACGCCAAGCACAACGUGGCGCGAGACUUACGCCGUGGCAGAGGCAAAAUUCUUCAGGCACAUUUCCAGGCAGGCUCCCCAGGACAGCUGGCACUGCAAGUGCCUGCAGUUCCUCACCCGCUUCCCGAUGGGCGUAGGUUUUUCCAGCUACGCCUUGAAGACUGUGGUAAUGCACCUGCUGAGCACCGUACCCCCGACAGGCUGGGGCAGGAGGGACUUCCGUCAGCGCCUGAUAGAUAUCCUGAAGUACCUGCAGUGCUCGCUGGAGACAAAGCAACUUCACCACUUUGUCGUAGGCAAUGAGAAGUUUCCCAAGGAGAUCAAAUUGCCCUCCGGCUUGCGGCAGGCUCAACCACCCAACCUCUUUCAGGCCCUGGCGAGCAGCCCGGAUGCCCACACGAAGGCCGUGCAGGAGUAUAUCCGCCUGCUGCAUCGGCUCAAACAAGUGCUGGUCUCCGGCCACUGA